UUACAUCGGUCCAUUCUUCGUAAAGGAACCACCCUCAAGAGUGGAUUUUGCUAACGAGACGGGAACGAUUAUCGAUUGUUCGGCGUCCGGUACCCCGCCCCCAACUAUUACCUGGGUGUCCAGUGACGGGAAGCCCAUUGUCUCCAUCCCUCAAAUGGUGGAGCUGCUCAACAACGGAUCGCUUCUAUUCUAUCCAUUCCACCCUAGCGGAUACCGCCACGACGUCCAUGCAGCCACAUACCGCUGCGCCGCUACCAACACCGUAGGCCGAAUCCUCAGUAGAGAUGUCCGGGUGAAGGCAGUGGUGCUACAAUACUACGAGUUGAGUGUACAAUACAGCAAGUCCGUGAUACGGGGAAACACAGCUCUACUGAAGUGUUCCAUUCCUAAUUUUGUUAAAGACCACAUCACAGUCACGUCUUGGCUCCAAGAUUCCUCUUUUAACAUCUAUCCGUCCAUUAAAGGAGACGGCAAAUACCACAUGUUGCCGACUGGAGAGUUACUCAUCCAGAGAGUAGAUGAGACCGACAAAUACCGCAGUUAUCAGUGUCGUGCCAUGAAUCGUCUCACCGCUACGCCACUUCUUAGCAUGGGGCGUGCAAGGUUUUCCGUUACCGAUCACCCUACGUUUUCGGCACCCAGGGCUCUAGACAAGCUAGUCGCUAUGUCCGUAAGGAAAGACCAUUCCGCCGUAAUGCCUUGCUACGCCGAAGGAAACCCACCACCCAGUAUCAGGUGGUACAGGCACGAGAGACAGCAGCUGCGAGCUGUCAGUGACGAUGAGCGGGUUUUCAGAGUGGGCGAGUGCUUAGUGCUGCUCCACGCUGACGAGGCUGAUAGCGGCCGUUGGGUCUGUGUAGCAAACAACACUGCAGGUGUUGAAAGAAUUGAAAUAACCCUACAGGUAACAUCGCCUCUGAGUGUCAGUAUGCAGCCAGCCGGCCAGCUAACGGCGGACAUAGGGUCCCGCGCCGAACUGACGUGCCUUGUGUCUGGAGGAUCAGCAAGCAGCUUGGCGGGUCAGAGAGUCUGGCUGAAAGACGGCCAUGUAAUCAGUCCCCUGACCAACGCCCAAGACCAGUUUGUUAUCCCCAGAGUCCAGCGGGAGGAUUCUGGGAUGUACCAGUGCCUUGUCCGAGGAGAGACUGAGAGUGCACAAGCCUCCGUGCAACUAGUUUUAGGAUCCGCCCAUCCUCAACUGGUGUACAAGUUCAUCCAACAGACACUCCAGCCAGGACCUCCAGUCUCUUUGAAGUGUAUUGCGACCGGCAACCCCACUCCCCACAUCACUUGGAAACUGGAUGGCCUCUCUCUUCCUUCCAACACAGACAGAUUCCUGAUAGGUCAGUACGUGACCCUACACGGAGACGUGAUUAGUCACGUAAACAUCAGCAACGUACAAGUAGAGGACGGUGGCAUUUACCAGUGCACAGCCACCAACCGUAUCGGGGAGACAUCUCAUUCUGCCGAUAUGAGGGUUUAUGGGCCACCACAUGUGAGACCCAUGCCCAACGUGUCUGCGGUCGCUGGAGAACCACUGUACAUCCCUUGUCCUGCAGCAGGUUACCCCAUUGACUCCAUCACUUGGGAAAAAGAUAGCAGAAAGCUUCCGGUGAACCGGCGUCAGAGGGUGUUCCCCAACGGCACGUUACUGCUAGAGAACGUACAGAGAGACCCAGACAGCGGCGAGUACCACUGUACCGCGGAGAACAAGCAAGGCCGCUCGUCCAGCCAGCAGCUGCGUCUUUCAGUUAUAGUUCCUCCACGUAUUAGCCCGUUUUCUAUCCAAACGGAUCUCCACGUCGGGGACAGACUGGGAGUUCAGUGCUUCGUCACCAAGGGUGAUGUGCCCCUGGACAUCCAGUGGCACAAGGACGGGGGACGACUGGACAGUGACGUUAGUGUCCAGCAGUACGGCCAGUUCACCAGCUCUCUGAGUAUAGAGAUCCUGGCACCGCGCCACGCGGGCUCCUACACCUGCGUUGCCACCAACCAGGCAGCAAGCGACUCUCACACUUCCACACUGCUCGUCAAUGUUCCUCCUAGAUGGGUCCUGGAGCCAAGAGACAAGAAUGUAUCGAGGGACAGUUUUGCAAUUUUUGACUGCCAAGCUGAUGGGUUUCCAGCUCCCACACUGGUGUGGAGGAAAAUUAUUGGAAGACAAACAACUGACUAUCAAGAUCUGACUGCUCGCUCGAGGGGUGUCCAGGUAUUCCCUAAUGGUACCCUGGUCAUCCGCCAAGCCUUGCCUGAGCACCAAGGCCAGUAUCUGUGCGAAGCAACCAACGGGAUUGGAGCAGGUCUCAGUGCCACCAUCAUGCUGGUCGUUCACAAUCCACCAGAGUUUGAGGUGAAAUCUGCCCAGGCAAGUGUGCGGAGAGGUGCCAGUCAGACCCUGGAGUGCCAAGCCCAAGGUGACCAGCCCAUGAGCAUUACUUGGCACAGGGAAGGUCAACCUCCCGUCCAAUUCAACCCUCGUUAUGUUAUCAAGGAGAGCAUAGUGAAAGGAGGAUUUUUAUCUGCACUCUACAUAUCCAGCUCAAUCAAAUCUGACAGUGGUACAUUUAUGUGUAUAGCAACCAAUCCAUUUGGCCGAGCAGAGAGAUUUGUCCAUUUGCAGGUUCAAGACGCACCUGGAAGACCAAAAAACUUGAGAGUAGUGGACGCAACCAGUCGUAGCCUCUCUAUAUCCUGGGCUGCACCCUCUGAUGACCGUAACUCUGUUCUGCAAUAUGUGGUCCAGUACAGGCAAGAAAACGGUAUGACAGACGAGUGGCAGAAGAUAGGGGUGAAUAGUGACAUGUCCUGUGUAAUACGGGAGCUAUCACCGGCAACUGGGUAUGCAGUGCGCGUGGUAGCAGAGAAUGAGCUAGGAGCAGGGGAACCCAGUGAACAUAUUGUGGUGCAGACUGAGGGGGAGGCACCUGCAGGUGAGCCACAGAACCUGGUGGUGACGGCCACCGCAGCAGACCAGUUACGAGUCACCUGGACUGCACCUCUGCAUCACCUGUGGAAUGGUGACAUCCUCGGCUACUACGUGGGUUACCGAGAGCAUGGUUUAGGGAGAUUGAGUGGUUUCAAUUUCACCACUGUAUCGCCUCGGGCCAGCGGUUCAGGACUCGCUGUUAUCAGAGGCCUUAAGAAAUACCGCAAAUACGGAGUAGUUAUCCAGGCCUUCAAUGAGAAGGGGCCGGGACCGAUGGCUGCAGAAGUUGUCACUCAAACUUUGGAAGAUGUUCCAUCUGCACCUCCAGUGGAGAUAACAUGUGAAGCGCAAAGUUCUCAGAGCUUGCUGAUAAAGUGGCAUCCUCCACCUCAACCGUACCAGAAUGGUGUUAUUCAGGGGUACCGGGUAUACUACGAGAACAUGGAUGAGUGGCCACCAGGAUAUAUUAGGCUGAAAACUAAGGUCACAUCAGAACUGACCACAGAACUAUAUGGUCUACAGAAGUAUGCCAACUACAGUGUUAUUAUGUGGGCAUUUACACAAGUUGGAGAUGGAGUGAAAAGUCGACCAAUCUUUUGUAUGACAGAGGAAGAUGUUCCAGAGGCUCCAGCUGGUAUCAAAGUGAUGGUGGGAUCUCCGACUUCACUAAUUGUGAGCUGGGCACUCCCAGCAAGGACCAAUGGCAAGUUGACCAGCUACACUCUCUAUUCUCGCAUUCUGGAGGGAGGUCGUGAAAGGGACUCCACUAAGAAAAAACUGCCACCUACACAGACUCACUAUCAAACAUCAGAACUGAGAAAGGGAGAGGCAUAUGAGUUUUGGGUGACGGCUUUUACCAAGGUCGGAGAGGGACAAAGUACCCAGGUUGUUUAUUCAACAAUAUCAAAUAGAGUUCCAGCAGCCGUGAUAUCAUUCGGAGAAAGAAUAGUAGCCAGACGCCGCAGCACUGCCUUGCUGCCAUGUCUGGCUGUGGGACAACCUCUCCCUAAACACAUCUGGACCACUCCUGAUGGCAGCCCUCCACACGAUGAUGGCUUCACUGUCCUUAAAGAUGGCUCACUUGAAAUAUCCGACAUUCAAAGACAGCAUCAAGGAAAUUAUACAUGUUUUGUGUCUAAUGCCAAUGGUUCCGACCAGAUUGUAUAUGACCUUCAUGUACUAGUGCCUCCAUCAGCUCCAGUAGUAGGAAUCUCAAGCACAGGAUCAUCAUGGCUUUAUCUUCAAUGGAGCAUUGUAGACACAGGAGGUAGUGCUGUGCGAGGUUAUGUCAUCAACUAUCGGCAGCAGGAACCAGGCGAGUGGGAGGAACGACCAGUAUCAAGAGAUUCCAGCUCCUACAGACUCACUGGUCUGACUUGUGGGAUAGAAUAUCACAUCCAGGUGAUGGCAUUCAACUUAGUGGGCAGUGGUGCUCCCAGUCCAAUCGUGGUUGCAAAGACUGAUGGUAACAAGCCUGGCCAGCCUUCCCAUGCUGAAUUUCUAGACCCAAACAGCACAAGCAUCACUCUGCACAUGAAGGCAUGGCAUGACAAUGGUUGUCCAAUCACGAGCUUCAGUGUGGAGUACAGAGAGGGUUCCCACCAUGAGUGGAUUACUGUGGGAAAUGACGUACAAGCCAGAGACAGUUUCGUGGUAGUAGGUCUCUGGCCAGGGAUGCAGUACGUGGUGAAGGUGAAGGCAUCCAAUAGUGCUGGCUCCACAGUGGCAGAAUACCGUGCCACCACACUCACUAUCACAGGAGUUACUCUCGGACCAGACUCAGUGAAAGGAUAUCCAGAAGAGUCAGUUCCUGCCUACAUGGAGGCUGGGGUCAUAGUGCCUUUGUGUGUGUGUCUUCUUGCAACUUUUUCACUCAUUGCUGCCAUCACUGUCUGCAUUAGAAGAAAACAUGAAAGAGACAUGGGGGUAAGGAACCAAACAGAAGCCCAGGCGAUGGUAGCUUUGGACAAUAAGCAGAACCUGGCACAACGUGAGCAGUAUUAUGCAGCGGUGCACAAGGGCAUGACAACUCCUGUACGUGACCUUCAUUGUAUAGAAAGGAUACCAGAGUACCCAGAUGAUAUUUCUCCUUAUGCAACAUUCCACGUAGCAGGGACAGAGCGACCAUCCUCUUCUCCUACCAACAUUCAGAGCUUUGUCUACCAUGACCAUCGGCUAGCAGCCAUGGAAACUAUGCAACUAAAAAGUAGUAAUGUCCGUGAUGACUACACUAAACUAAGAGGCAGCUCUAAAAGCGGGGGCAAGUGUAUAAUAACAGGUUCUGAUUACUCGGGCUCGACCACGGAUCAGUGGUCAGAACACAACCUUGUAAUGUCUCGAUCUGAUAGAAUACCUCUUCAGAAUAUGCUAUACAAUGGGGGAGGGCCAGAGUCCAGUACAUCACCUGAAGCCUCGCCGCUCCCUGACAGACGAGCUCCUCAACUUAGAGCGCACGUCAGAAGGGAAGAAGGUGGGAGCUUCCCCCUGUCGACGAGGCUUGAGCCACCAACAGGGUUCUCCGAUUCUCAUGAGCUCAGCGAGGCAGAGUGUGACAUGGAAUCGCUCCAUGGACUCAAGAGUCACAGAAAGAGCUCCAAAACGCCUCAGCACAGGCAUCCCCAUAGAAUGUCACGUGAGAAGAAACCCCACCACUUCACCAUAGCGGUGUGUGACGAGGCGUCAUAACUUUUGCCUGCCAUCUGAACUUUGUUGGUCCAGUCAAAGUUUUCUACUACAGCUGACUGAUUAAAUAUAUCACUGUUUCAUAUUUUUAUAGCGAAAUAUAACUGAAUAACUUCAAUACUGGAACAUAUUACAUAGUUGACUUGCAUAAAUCCCUUGCUUAUUGUCAUCUGUUUGAUGUAGUUAUAAAACUGAUUGAUGGUGACUGUCUCUUGUUAUAUGUUCUAGAGGACAAUUUUAUGUUGAAGUGGUUCAUUCAGAUAUUCAAUUCAUAAUCAAAAACGCCUUAUGAAAUUUUAAGCAAAUGGAAAAUUACUUUUGACUGAUGAUAAUUAUAAUAAUUUGUUUAUACACUCUGUAUAUUUAUAUUAAAAACCAUAUUCAUUAAUUAUUUAUGAGUACAACUCUGUUAUUUUCUAAAGUGCUAUGCAUAUGGAUAUAUAAGGUAUUUCUUAAGGAAUAAGUAAUUUAAAGAAAAGUUGUAAUAAGUAGUUUUUAAGUUUACAUGAUUCUUAUCUUUUAUUAUUGAAAACUGAGGUAUUUAUGGUGAGUGUAACCAUAAAUUGAGCAAUAAUUCUGUAAUAUUUAGAACAAUUGUAUUUCGAUUCUGCCAAACUAUAAUAAAAAGAAUUGGUUUUAUAAAAAUAUCAUGAUAUAAAAAAUAUAUUUAGGAACAGUUUGUAUGACUCAAUUACAAAUUUGUCAAAAAGUUCUCAAUGUCUCACAAAGCAACAAUAGUAAGUACAUUUAUGAUGAAAUGAAUGGUUCAAUAAAAUAAUCGUAAAAUGAUAAUAGUCCUCACAAACACACAUUUAUUUGUGAGUACUUCUGUGUUAGCUAUGUAUGUUAGAUGUAGCAAACUAAUGCUUAUUUAAGAAUAGUAAAUAUCACUUUUACUUGGCUGUAUCCUCUAUAAUGACUUUAAAAUAGAGAUAUUUCAAUAAUUGACUUAUACUCUUAGAUCUUGAUAUGAAGAAUUGUAAGAUCCAUUACUCUGUUAAACCUACCUUGUGUUUAACACGUCCGCUAUUAUUAAAUAGUAAAUACAAAUUUUAGACUGUUAUCAGAGUCUGGUUGUUGCUAUUGUUGUUCUAUGAGAUUGUAUCAUCUUGACUUAAAAGUAUUUUAUCAUGUAACUAAAAAUAUAAUACAGCUCAGACAUAUGUGUGGCAAGAUAAAGCAUUCAGUAAUUGUUUUGCUUCUACUCUUCAGUCUUGUAAGAAAUAAUUACUGGGAUAGCCGGGAAUAGGUGUUGUGUGGGUUGAGGAGGGAGGAUGUGAUGUGAUAAUUUCAAAUGUUUGAGUCUGUGAGAGAGUGGUAUUAUAAAUGCAAUAUAUUUCCUUAUUGGUUAAAAUAUAAAUUUUGAUUUAUUAAUAAAGAUUUAAAUUGAAUGUACUUAAACCUGGGUGAGGGUUGUUUAGAUUUCAAUAUUCCUCUUUCUAGAAAAGGUUACUAUAUCUUUUUAAACACAAAAUAUAGUGUUAAAAGAUGCUAUCUCCUUGCUUGUGUAAUAAUUUAUAAACCAUUAUUUUCUAUUUACAAAGUACACACAUACUUGUAGUCCAUACAUUUGAUCUAAAAAAUAAAUAUAAGAUUUAGUAUAGGUGUUUCUGAAAAAUGUUAUAAAGUGUUUGAACUACUUCAAUACGUUUUAGCAGGAAACUACACAAUUUUCUUUAGUUUAAAGUCAUUAACUCCAAAUGAAGUUUUGCAUAUUUAUUUAUGGACGUAAAAUAUAAUAACAUUUUAAAGAAUAGAUAUUGUAUUCAUACUUAUCAGUGUUAAGAUAAAACAGUUUAAUUUGAAUCAGUGGGGAUGGACCAAUUCUAAUUCUUGAUUCUGGAGUCUCUUAAUUCCCAGUGGUAUUGUGGUAUUUCUUGUCUAGUUGAAUAGCCAUCUAUCAAUAUUUUUUUGUUGACUAUUGACUGCACUUUAGUCACUGGACAUAGAGUUGUAAUGAGAUGAUAAUUUCAUGUUAAGGUCCCUUUGCACCCAUGAAUCUAUUGCAGGUUGCCAUUUUAUACACAUUUCCAUGCCAGUUUUAGCUACAGGACAAUGUGUAAUGAAACAAUGAAUGUCAAGAGUAAACCACUAAUGACACUAGUUGAGUAUUGAACACUCAAAUAAGAUCUGGUUUUUUAAGUUUCAGACCCAUAUGUGAGGAAUGAUCUGUUUCUGGUCAUAAACCUCUGACAUUCAUUCUACCUUAGUUUAGUAUAUCAUUCUCAAUGUUAGUGGAAAAGGUUUCAAGAUCCAUCAUUGGAAAAGUUCAACUUUACUUAUUGAUUAUAUUCUGAUCUAUGGUUAUUCCAUAAAUUUUACUAAGAAAAUGUUUACCUCAUAUAGACCAGUCUGAAUUUGACAUUUGAAUAAUUAAGAAUGAAAGUACAGUUUUGUAAAGGUACACAAAGGAAAAGUAAAAUAACUUCCGAACUGCCAUUAAUUGCCGGGCAGACAGGCUGCUUGCAAGGACAGGAUCACUGAACAGUAAUUCAUCCAAGCAGCUCGACCCUCCUUGAUUGAAUUAUCUCUUGAUAACCACUGUACCAACUACACUGCUCCAUUGGCAUUGAUAAAUACAUAAGUAAUGGUAUACACGCUUUAAAAGUGUGACUCGUUAAGAAAACUAUACAUUAUUUAAAAAUUACUCAAAUCAAGCUCAGAUAUAAAUUGAGAGAAUGAUUAUGGAAUUGAAAACUUGAAUCAACAUCAUUUAGAAUUGGUUCAUCCCCAAUAUAAUUUAUAUAAAUCAUUAUAAAGCUCAAAGUAUAUUUAUAAUGUGUUAUUACAAUACUCUUCAAGAGAACAGUAGUGUUAAAUAAAAAUGGAAUGCAUUGAAAAUAAUGUUGUUGGAUUUGUCAGUUAAUGUUACUACUUCUGUUACGUUUGUUGUUGUGCAAAGCUUCACUUUAACAAACUUCGUACAUCUUAUAAAAGGUUGUUAUAAAUAUGUCUUUUACUAAAAGUUUACAAUUUGAGAACUGGUUUUUUACAUGUUGUUUAUUCAAAAAUUAUAGCCUUGGCGUCUGUUUCAAAGACUCGGCCAUUUUCCCAUGAGGAUCCACAGUGCACUAAGGUCCUAGAUACUAUAUUAAAUAGUACAGUAUUCACAUAUAAAUAAUUGUUAGACUAUUUUUACUUGUAGUGAUGAAAGAAAUGUUGGAAGCUAAAUAAACUGCAGAGUCAAGUUAACUCUGCUUCAAGCCAUUGAUACAUAUAAAUAGUAUAUCUUAGUUAAUAGUUUGGUUUAUUAUUCAUAAAUUAUUAUUUGAAAUUAUUCAUAGCAAACAUGCACUGUUUACUCCAAAAAAUUAAAAGAAGAAUUCAGAAAAACUAUAUUAUGUCAUGGAACUACUUGUAAGGUGUAUGUUAUAAGGAUUUAAUUAUUAUUCAUUGCUACAGUAAUUAUACAAGUAAAUAUAUUUUAAGAUGGUAACUUGUAAGUGAUAUUGUUUGGUAAAGUAACUUACAAACGAAUUUCAACCCAAAAUGCAGGUGCUUUAAAAUAAAUACAUUUUGUACCAUUUUGUACAAUUAGUUCCUUGUAAAAGUCAACUAUACUCUAUAAAUAAUAUAAGAAAAUCUGUUUGUUCUUUUAUGUGUUGGUUCAGUAUUGGCAUGAAAAUAACAGAACAUGUUUUUAAAUGAUUUUUACUCAAAGUACUGUACCCCAAGCUUUCAAUGUGUAGUAAAAAUAUGGUUCAUGUUCAUGUUGAACAAUUCCAUACCAAAAAUGUCUCAUCCUUAAAAAGUUAAAGUGCCCAUACACACUACAGAUAUUGUCAAUAUAUAUCUGAUGCUUAUCAAUAUUAGAUGGAAAAUGUUUACACAUAACCCCUAAGCUGUUGUAAGACAAUAAGAGGAGAGAUGGUGCCUAUAACAUACAUAUAUUUAGAGAAGGUUUUAAGAACUGAUUGAUUUUGGUGGUUUCUGUUUAUUGAUUGAUUGUUUAUAUGUGCCCUCAAAUUAUCAUGUAAUAAUUGUUAUUAUGAUGUCAUCUUAAAAUGUUCACUCUAAACUAAUUCUGUAACUGAUCUUUUCCACUUCCACAAUAAAAUCAAUAUUGAAUUUUCAAAGCAGAAACAGAGCUGCCUAACAACAGAGUUGGUUCAGGCCCAAAUACAAUGAUUAAUGAAAUUUUCACCUGCCUCUGAUUUGUCUUUCAAAUCUGAUAAAUUAAUUCAACACACUUUAUCUAUCUUUUCUGAUUCGGUUUUCAUCCAGCUUGACUAAAAAAUCCAAACCCUAACUCUGAUCAGCAUUAAACUUCCUUUAAGUAAAAUCUCUUCAACUUAGACUUUCUUUAACUUAAAUAUUACAGUAUUUCCUUUCUUCUAAGUCCUCCAAAAUGAGCCCUCAAUAUAUCUCCCUUUGUAUUUACUCUUUUGUCUUAAUUUACUUCAACAUGAAAUUGCUUUCUCUUCAUAUAUCUAGUAAAGUAAAAAAAUAUUCUCACAGUGUUAAUGUAACGUUAAUACUGUGUCUAGUAUUUUGUUGAUCCUCCUUUAGAUGUUUUAACUGAAUGUUUUUCUUCUUAAGUAAAAAAUGCAAUAUACUUGAUAAUUACUUUUAAAAUACACAGAUUUCAAAAUGAUUGAGUUCAGAAACGCAUGAAAUCACUAAACAAAAACAAGGCUAAUAUGUUUGUAAUUCCAAAGUAGUUAAUGACUCUGAUGUAAUAAAAAAGGAAGUGUCAUAAUAUAAUAUUUUUGUUUCAAUCAAUGUGUUAACAUGUUCUCCAAACAAACUUUACUUACACAGCAAAAUAAUUAAGAGUUGAGACCCUUGCAUGAGAUAGUAACUGCAAAACUAAAUGAUGUUAGGAUAUAAGUGACAAUCUAGAGUAAUUUCAAGUUGUAUCAACUUUUUCAGAAAAAAUGGUGCCAUUAUUUCUGAGAAUAUGAGGCUCUCUUUACGUAAGGUUAUAAGGUCAAUAGAAAAGCACUAGUUAUUUUAGGUGUAUUAUUAAAAUAUUGGUUUUCAUUCCACAUCAAAUUGAAGUGCUUAAACUAUUUUAUAUGAAUACUGGACUCAUAUUAAGUAAAAGAUAAGAAAAAUCCUUGCACUAUUUUAUAACAUUUAUAGUGUUCAAUGAAUAGUAUCAAACACUUAAAAUGCACAUAGAACUUUGAAAGACACUUUUGAUUCUAUUCCUAUCACUUGGGAGGAUAGCCCACUAGGAGUCAGAGGAAAAUGUUUGAUGUAAACACAGGGAGAAGCUGUUCAUAAUAAAACUCGAUAACGCAGAGAACGACAAAACGAAGGAAUUAAAUUUGCAGUACCUCAAUGUGUAAAGGCAAUUUCAUUAUUUGAAAUAGGUAUUAUUGAAUGAGCCAUAUUAUAUUUUUAACUGUAGAACAUUGGUGUAGCUAGAACUUGAUUUUGUUGGUGGUGGGGGGGGGAUGGGUCUAUCUGAAAAGCACAUCAUGAAGGAGGGGUUUGCAUGAAUCUGAAUCUGAAUAAAUUUUAUGGGUUUAAUUCAAAGUAAAACAUUUUACUGUUGUAUUUCAAACAAGUUGAAUUACUGUUAUACACAUUUAUUUUUAUUUUUUAGUACUCUUAAGGGGGUUCUUUCCACCUCAUUACCUCCCUCCCCCUUAACUAUACCACUGGUUUAUGGUUUUUCAAAAGGCGUCUCAAAACAUUAAUUUUCUGUGAAAAAAAAAGAUUCAAGAAUUAUGUGUAUUAAAAGUGGAUCUGCUUUCACUGAUGGUUAAAUGGCUGAGUAGUCUAGACUUCCUUCUGGUAUUGCCAUAGAAAGCUGUUAGUUUCUUACAAAGUUAGUUCUGACAUGAUUAUUUCUUUAAUGUUUAGUUUCAUUUAGGAUUCCAUUCAGAUAACUAAGGUUUUGUUUGAGAUUUGAAAAGAAAGCACCACACCUUGUCAUCAGGCACAAUUCUCUUCAAGAAGCUGUGCUAACAAGCACAGUGGCACCUGACAUCUUUAUGAUGCUUGUGAACCAUCAUAUUCAAAAUUCCAAGUUCAGUCUCAAUAACUUCAAUAAUUAUUUCACUGUCCAUAUGCACAAUUAUCUUGAAUGGGUUCAACAUUGUUACAGCUGUGGAGGUGGAGUGGAGCAACUCUUAAGGUCAUCUCGAUGUUUUUUUUUUGUUGUUCUCUUAGGACAAGAAGCUUAUAAAUUGCACUUAGUCCUAUAAGGACCUUAGCGCUUCUUCCGGAGUGACAGGAUAUUCAGGCUAAGGUUAGGGGGU